ACACCCGGAAGUCGCUUGGAAUCAAUAACAAUGCUGGACUUCAGACUGUCCAGCGUUAAUUAAUAACACAAAACACAACAACAACAAAAAACAACGACCCCAAAAACUGCAUGAAAGCCGAAAUGAGGACUUUCGUGCCAUCAAACAUGAUCUCAGGACCUUAUUGGAUUCGUUUACGAGCGAAAUAAUUUUUUACCACUACAACAACAAACAAACAAGCAGAGCAGCAACAUGUCUCUCGUGGACUCCACGGAGGAAAACACUCCUCUGCUGAAAGGAGAUGCUGACAGCAUGCAGGAUGCUGGGAGGAGCAGAUGGAGGUCUAUCAGGGUCAUGUACUUCACCAUGUUCCUCAGCAGCGUGGGUUUCACAAUCGUCAUCACGUCUAUAUGGCCCUACCUACAGAAGAUUGAUAACAGCACAGACGCUAGUUUUCUGGGUUGGGUCGUGGCUGCUUACAGUCUGGGCCAGAUGGUGGCGUCGCCCCUGUUCGGACUUUGGUCCAAUCACAGGCCUCGGAAGGAGCCGCUGGUGUGUUCCAUAGUCAUCAACAUCGCAGCUAACGUGUACUACUCCUACCUGUACCUGCCUCCAUCUCACAACAAAUACCACAUGCUCCUGGCCCGGGUGUUCGUCGGAUUCGGUGCAGGUAACGUAGCUGUGGUGAGGUCUUACGUAGCAGGAGCCACGUCGCUGAACGAGAGAACCAGCGCCAUGGCUAACAUGAGCGCCUGCCAGGCUCUGGGCUUCAUCCUCGGUCCAGCUCUGCAGGCCGCUCUGUCGUUCAUCGGCGAGAACGGUUUCAGCAUAGACGUCAUUUCCCUGAGGUUGAACAUGUACACGGCUCCGGCGCUGCUCGCCGCCUGCUUCGGCGUCAUCAACAUCCUGCUGGUUCUCAUUGUCCUGAGGGAGCAUCAAGUAGAUGAUCACGGCAAGCAGAUCCGAGCGAUUAACUACGUCUCAGAAGAGCGACUAGACGUGCCUCCUGAAGUAGAGGGAAAUAUCGACCAGGUGGCCGUGCUUACAUCCAACAUCCUUUUCUUCAUCAUCCUCUUCAUUUUUGCUGUGUUUGAAACCAUAUCCACUCCUUUAUCGAUGGACAUGUUUGCGUGGACGAGGAAACAAGCCGUCCUGUACAAUGGAAUCAUUUUGGCAGCCAUUGGCUUCGAGUCCAUCAUCGUGUUCCUGGUGGUGAAGGUGAUCUCCGUGCGGUUUGGUGAUCGUCCAGUGCUCUUGACUGGGCUAGCCAUCAUAUUUAUUGGCUUCUUUAUCCUGCUACCGUGGGGAAACCAGUAUCCCAAAAUACAGUGGGCAGAUCUUCAGAACAACUCCUUGCCAGCUUUGGUGCGUUCCUCGGUCUCUAACAGCAGUGUGGAACCGACCGGAUGCCCUUCAGAUCAGAUCUGGUGCCAGUUCACCCCAGUCAUCCACCUGGCACAAUACCUCACCUCUGAUAUCCUCAUCGGAGUGGGCUACCCCGCCUGCAACGUCAUGUCCUACACACUGUACUCCAAGAUCCUGGGACCCAAACCACAGGGUGUGUACAUGGGUUGGCUGACAGCCUCAGGCAGCGGUGCUCGGACCCUGGGCCCUGUGUUCGUCUCUCAUGUCUACACCAUGUUAGGUCCUCGCUGGGCCUUCAGUCUGAUCUGCAGCAUUGUCCUGGCAGCCAUUGUGCUCCUCAUGGCGAUGUACAGACGACUUAUCGCGUUCUCUGUGCGCUAUGGAAGGAUACAGGAGUGAUGACAAUGGAUAUACGCUUUUUUUUUUUAAUGAACUAAAGACUGAGUGGUGAAGGAUAGAUGAAAGAUUCCGAAAUCUUGUCUUGAAGUCCAUAAAUCAUUCCUGUGCUUAAUAAUCAUUUUUGCUAGUAAAACACUGCAUUUGUUUAAUUUGCAUACCGGACAGCGAUUGGCUCUUAUAUUGUGUGAUGUAAUAACACUAAAAGGGCAAGUGUGUAGUGGUAAAGGCAUUUUUUUAAAAGCGUGUUUUCUCUCCAUGCAGGAUGUUCAUUAAGGAGGAUGGGUACAGUUAAUAUUUUGGGAAAAAAAUAUUCAAAAAGAUUUUAAUAUUAUAUAUAGUGAUUUUUUUAUAUGUAUAUUUCAGUGCCUAUGAAAUGUGUGGAGUCUUUUAUGGUUUUUAAGAGACACGUGACAUGUUCCUUUAGUUUCUGGGUAAUGUAAGGGUUACACAAGGUUUAUUACAAACAAAUCUAUAAAUGUUUCAAUGUUCCACUUUAGUUUCAUUUAAAAUCCUCCAUCAGCAUGAAGAACAGCUUUCCACACUCUCAGCAUCCAGACACUUCGUUUCUCCAAACUCUUUGUGGUGCCUCUUGUAAAACUCACCAAAGAUGUUCUUCACUAGAAAUUCCUUCUUUCUUGAGAUCAGUUCAUCCCGGAGCAGUUCAGAAGGAUUGAGGUGCAGUGUCUGGGCAGGUGGUUCCAUGAUAAAUAUCACUCCAGACGUCUGGUUCUCUCUAAAUAACACUUACAGAACUCAGAACUUCGACUCGUCAUCUUGUUGUACGGUGAAGUCGCGUCCAAUGAGCCGCUUUCAGUCCAGACAGAACUACAUGGUGGUGAAGUGUGAAAUGGGAGACAUGUUGGUUCAGGAUUCCUUUCACUUUCUGGAACAAGUCUUCAAAACAUCUCCAAACCAUUAUGCGUCCACCUCCAUGUGUGAGUGUGGGGGUGAGGGAGUCUGAUCACAUCUUCUCUCCUGCUCUCUAUCUCACACAAGUUCUUCUCUUAGAGACAAAAAUGUCACAUUUGGACUUAAACUCUCUUUCAUUCGUUCACUGUCCUAAAGUGUGUUUGUUGCCUAGAAACUAAAGGAACACGUGUCUUAAAAACUGUUUCACACAUUUCUCAGGUCCUGUAUAACACUUCAGCACAGAUCCUGGAAGAAACAGAGAUGUUCCAGAAUAUUUUCAGCGAAAAAUCUAUAAAAUGUUCUAGAAAUAUAUUCCCAUGGAGGACCCUGGAUUAUCAGGACUCACCAGAUGCUCAGGUGAUGAAUUUAUUUAUGGUAAUUUAGCUUUUUAUUGCAUAGAAAUGUAUUUGAAUGCUGCACUGACCAGAGUAUAAUCUUUUAAUCCACUCAUAUUAAUUACAUUUCCUACAAGUGGGAAGUAUUUUUUGGUGGGUUUUUUUUUUUCCAGGACAUAUCAGAGAUUAACUGUGAACAUGUGACUCUCGUGUGUUAAAAUAACCGAACAACUCAACCAACAUUGAUUCGUUGUGACUGAAAGCUAAUUUAAUAAAAGUUUUAAUAUAAA